AUGGGGAUGAAGGGGGAUGAUGGAGAUGAUGGAGAUGAUGGGGAUGAUGAGGAUGAAGAGGAUGAUGGAGAUGAUAGGGGUGAUGGGGAUGAAGGGGCUGAUGGAGAUGAUGGAGUUAAUAAGGAUGAUGAGAAUGAAGAGGGUGAUGGAGAUGAUGGAGAUGAUGGGGGUGAUGGGGAUGAUGGAGAUGAUGAGGGUGAUGGGGAUGAAGGGGCUGAUGGAGAUGAUGGAGAUGAUGGGGGUGAUGGGGAUGAAGGGGCUGAUGGAGUGAUGGAGAUGAUGGGGAUGAUGGGGGUGAUGGGGAUGAUGGGGAUGGGGGAUGAUGGAGAUGAUGGAGAUGAUGGGGGAUGA